CCCAACAAAUGCGUUGGUCUGGUCCACAAGCCUUCGGCGGCGGUCACCCUGGUAACGGCGUACGGCGGACACCGCUGAAGCAGGCAAAGGUUCCAUUGUUGUAGAAAAGGUGAAACUAGUGAGCGUGCCCGGCGUUGCCUAGAGAAUACACAGACAUGGUCAUAGUAGCAAAAUGGGCCUCUCCCCGACUCAUCUCCUACGCCCCCCUCCAAAGCAAAGGCCACUCCUUCCUGGUGGAUGUGGGGCAGCGGGUACCAGGUGCCCAUCCAGAACUUUGUGGGGUCCCCUGAGGAACCAGUGGCGCUACCCGUCACAAAUUCGUCGGAUUCUGCCAUGCUUUCAGGAAGCUGAUUAGACAGAGAACAAGACUGGAGCGGGAAAUGAGAGGCUUUUAAACGUGGGAACUUUUCAUUUGCCACUUGACACGAAACUGGACGAUGAACUACAACAAGCAGAUGGAUAUCAUCAACGCCACCUUCUUCCCAGUGAUACCCUUGGCUGAGCAGCAGGGGCUCUCGCUCAGUGCAUGGAAGGCAAUGGAAAGUGCUGUGAGGAAGAAUUUAGAGGAGGAGCUAUCCAGGUGCCUCAUCGGAUCCAUUCCCCAGGUGAACCAGAGGAUCACUGAGAUGGACUCGAGUCCUGACCCACUGGCCAACAGCCUGGCAAUUGAGAGAUUUGAGUUGGAGAAGAAAGCUUUCAGAGAGAAAAGUCGCAGCAGCCCAGGAGACAGAGCCAAGAGAGCAAGAAAAGCACCGAGCUCCUGCACAGACGUGGCGCACAGGACUACCAACUUUACCUUUAUAAAAAGGAAAACUGCAGAUAAAAAUCUGCUGGCUGAGCUGUACCAGCCUCCCGAAUUUAAUGACACUAGGCCCAACAAACUCCCCAAUGGGGUGCGCUUCUGCGAUAUGGUGGGCAACGUGGUCCGGGCUGAGAAAAACCCACUGAGUGGCAAGUCUUUGUGUUCAGCUACAGAAUUGGAGAAGUUUCUCUCUUCUCCUUUUGCCCAAGCAAUGUGGCUGGACAGCUUCUGGUGGAUAUUUCAUAAAAGAUACCAGCCGAACAAGGAGAUUCAGAAUAAGCUGUUUGACCGGAUCGCUCGACACUACACCUUCCUUCUGUUUCACGGGCCCAGGUCCCAUUAUGAAGAGGCACUCUUAAAAGUCCUUUCUGGAGUCAGGAUUCUCUUCUUGGGGCAAAAAUGCAGAGAACAUUGCCUGAACUCCACUUGUCCCCAGAGGCUGCCCUUCGUUCUGAGCAAAGGUGUGUACACCAGCUUCUGCUGCUGCUUCCCGCAGUCCUGGUUCAACACUCAUGAAUUCAAGUCGGACAUCUGCAACACCAUAAGCCUGUGGAUUGCAGGGACAUAUCCUUGCCCACAGAGCUAUCAGAGCUGGGACUACUCAGAGCUGGAUCCAGAGAGAUUCCGGAGAGAAGAGUUAUUGUCACAGAGAAGACGCCUGAUAAAGGGAAGAGGGUUAUCCGUGUUCUCCUCUAAGAGAGCCUCUGUGCACAAGGUGGUCCAGAGCCAGAAGCCCCACCACACUCCGUUUUCUAGUAUAUAUUCAGCCAAUGGGAGAGUCUUCUCCGCCCACCAUCAUUCAGAAGGAAGCUUCCGAAGCCAGAGCUCCGUGAAAGACCAUCAUCAUGGUGAGACCCUGCUCCUGAGGAAAGCUACACAGCAAGUCAAGAGGAUAUCAGCAGCAAGAGACUGUGAGAAGUUUUCUAAACAGUCCCACCCAGCCUGCAAAAGCCCUCCGCUGACUUCAAACCUCUUCAACAUUUAUGGGAAGAGCCCUCUGGUCAUGUACUUCCUUCACAACUACUCCCGGCUGUACCAGCAUGGCCAGGACGCGUUGAUAACCAGGAGGGAAAGGACCAAGGUCAUCCCUGAAUCCACCUUGACCUACGCCGACAUCAUCAGCCUGUCCUUGAGCAACAUGAAGAAGAGAAAGGACCACCUCGAGCAGCUGACCCGGCUCCACUGUAGUGAAUGGGACUAUUUUGACAGUCACCUGAAGGAGCUGAAUGACCACUUCCUGAGGGAGGUGAAGAAUACCGAUAAGAGAGCAGCAGAUAGAAGACAGGCCAGUCACACAUUCAUCCUGCCAUCCUCCUCGUUCGGCCCUGAGCAGGAGUCCCAAAAGGAAUGCAGAAGAAACUUUUGCAGAGAAACCGCCUUUCUUCUCAGAGAGACAGCGGUCACCAAGAAGCCAAAAGCUCUGCAAAAAAAGGAGCCACUUCUCAGACUUUCACCAUCCUCCUUGCAUGAGUGAAUCUCGUCCAAGAACUGGGAGAAACUUCAGAGGGGAAGCUUGCAUAGGCUGUUGGAUUUCAUCUAAAACAGAACCAACAAAACAAUCAAAAAUACUGCAAGCAGGGAUAGUGUGGUCAUUCCUUGUACAAGGGACAAGGAAUAUAAAAGUUCACUUCCACUGUGGGCCAAA